AUGCGCUUCGCACUAGAGACAGAUGAGAAGCAAGUCAAUCACAACGAUACAAACGGUCUCCAUGGACAGUCCAAAUAUGACCCUGACAUCGCGCAUCCAGCUGCUGGCUAUACCACGGGCACCGAUGCACCAUACUCGGAUGCUACGCCUCCGGAGGGUAUCUCUGAACGUCGUUUGAUGACGAAGAUCGACCUUCGUGUUAUCCCGGUGCUUUCUAUCUUGUACCUGCUGGCCUUUCUCGACCGCACCAAUGUCGCCAACGCCGCAGUCUUUGGGCUCUCCAGCGAUCUGAACCUGACACCCAUUCAGUACAGUACGGCGCUGACAAUUUUCUUCCCACCUUAUAUUUUAUUCGAAAUCCCCAGCAACCUCAUCUUGAAGAGGCUGAAGCCUCACGUCUGGCUAAGCGUAUGCAUGUUCAUGUUUGGUCUGGUCACUUUAUGCCAAGGUUUGGUCAAUAACUGGGGUGGGCUGAUGACAACACGGUUUUUGCUCGGUGUCUUUGAGGCCGGCAUGUUUCCUGGGUCUUUCUACUUGAUCUCGAUGUGGUAUGUUCGAGCAGAGGCACAGAAGAGAUACACUUUCUUCUUCGCAAGUACAUCUCUAGCCGGAGCUUUCGGCGGUCUUUUAGCAUCCGCCAUUGGCAAGAUGGACGGCCUUUCAGGAUACAGGGGCUGGAGAUGGGUGUUCAUCCUGGAAGGACUUCUUACCUGCGUUGUCUCCUUCAUAUUCUUCUUCAUUAUACCCGACUUUCCCGAAGAAGCAAAGUGGCUUACUAAAGCGGAAGCUGCGUUUGUCAAGGCUCGUCUGCAAGAUGACCAAGGAAAAUCGGCUCGAGAACGGAAAAUCACGGGCAAGGACGUUCUCAACUGUUUCAAGGACUACAAGUUCUUUCUGGGCGGUUUUAUGUACUUCGGCCUAAUCGUUCCGGCCUAUGGCUAUGCUUAUUUUUCGCCUACUAUCAUCAGAUCUUACGGAUACAGUCCAAUCCAGACUCAGGGUUUUUAG